UGAAUGUAAAUUGUCCUAGAAACAAUUUUUUACAUUGUGAAAGGGAAUAUGCCGGCAUAGUGUUCUCUCACUGCAUGAUAUGCCGCCGCUUCUUCUUCGAGAAGCCUCGAAGAAGAUAAACAUUCGUGCUCGCGGGGGAGGCGGUCACCAGCGCAUUGUAGCUUUUCUCCGUGUUUCCCCCGAAGUGUCUGAUUUCUUCUUCUUCUCUGCGCAAUCCCAUGCGAAGAUCCUCUUCGAACCCUAAUGAAUCUCUUCUCCCCUUCCUUGAGUCCUUCUUUUAAACUUUUCCAAGGCAUUUGCGUCGCAUCAUUACCCAAAUUCUUUCUUCCCGUAUCGUCAUCCGCUUCCUUCUCUUCCUUUUCUUCUCUUAUGCCCGUUCUCUCUACCAAAAGCGCUCUUUGCCCAUGCGUCUCCUUUGAUUCGUGCCUACCAUUGCACGGAGCGAAGCAGGCGGCUCUCUGCGCAGGGUGUUGUACGGCGACUCAGGACGAAGUUUGGCAAGAGCGCGCGAUGAUGCCGAUAUUGGAGGAUGUGCAGUGCGAGCCAGUCUCAAAACCUCGAAGGAUUGCUCUCUUCGUUGAGCCUUCCCCCUUCGCGUAUGUUUCUGGUUAUAAAAACCGCUUCCAGAAUUUCAUCAAGCAUCUCCGAGAAAUGGGAGAUGAGGUCAUGGUUGUGACGACCCAUGAAGGAGUUCCUGAGGAAUUUUAUGGUGCAAAAUGUAUUGGUUCUCUUAGCUUUCCCUGUCCAUGGUACAAAGACGUACCUCUUUCACUUGCCCUUAGUCCUAGAAUAAUUACAGCUGUGGCAAGGUUCAAGCCGGACAUAAUACAUGCUUCCUCUCCAGGAGUCAUGGUUUUUGGUGCACUUGCAAUCGCUAAAAUGCUUUGCGUUCCUAUAGUAAUGUCGUAUCAUACGCAUGUACCAAUUUACAUACCACGAUACACAUUUAGCUGGCUGGUAAAACCAAUGUGGCUGAUCAUUAAGUUCCUACACAGAGCUGCUGAUCUGACACUGGUUCCAUCAGCCGCUAUACGUCAUGAUCUUGAAGUUGCUCAUGUUACUGCAGCAAACAGGAUACGCAUUUGGAAGAAGGGUGUUGACUCUGAAAGCUUCCAUCCUCGACAUCGAAACCAUGAAAUGCGAGUCAGACUGAGUGAUGGUGAACCCGAAAAGCCUUUAAUUAUACAUGUUGGGCGAUUAGGAGUGGAGAAGAACUUGGAUUUCCUCAAACGCGUGAUGGACCGGCUACCGGGUGCAAGAAUUGCAUUUGUUGGAGAUGGACCAUAUCGAAGUGAGCUGGAAAAAAUGUUUGAAGGGAUGCCUGCGGUGUUCUCAGGGACACUCCUAGGUAAAGAGCUCACUGAAGCCUAUGCUAGUGGUGAUGUGUUUGUGAUGCCCUCCGAGUCGGAGACGCUCGGCCUCGUUGUUCUCGAGGCAAUGUCUUCUGGAGUUCCUACAGUUGCUGCUCGUGCUGGUGGAAUCAUUGACAUUAUCCCUGAUGAGCAAGAUGGUAAAACCAGCUUGCUCUUCAACCCAGGAGAUGUGGAUGACUGUGUUGCCAAGAUUGAGCUCUUGAUUUCUAACAAAGAAGUUUGGGAGGAUAUGUCCAAGGCUGGUAGAGAAGAGAUGGAGAAGUAUGACUGGAGGGAAGCUACCAGGAAUGUUCGUGACGUGCAGUACAGUGCUGCCAUUUGGUUCUGGCGCAGAGGCAGGGCACAGGUUCUCAAGCCUGUUAGGUGGGUGUUUAGGAGAUUACUUAACCGAAGUUUGUUUAGAUGAUUGUUUAAGAAAAUAGGGAUGUGGCAAAUAGGGGAUUCUUUUUUUUUUUUUUUUGAAUUUUUUUU